AUGGACUUAAAACCAGAAUAGAUAGAGGAAUAAAGAAUAGAAGAAUAAUAAAAAGAAUAACAACCAUAAGAAAAACAAUUAAUAAUAAAAAAUCCUAAAGGCACCAGAGAUUUCUUACCUUAAUAAGUUUUGAUUAGAAAACAAGCAAUUAAGAUAAUAACUGAUAUAUUUGAGUAACACGGAGCAGUUGAAAUUGAUACUCCUGUUUUUGAAUUGAGAGAAAUAUUAAUGGGAAAAUAUGGUGAAGUAGGAGGAAAAUUAAUAUAUGAUCUUUAAGACUAAGGAGGUGAAAUCCUAUCUUUACGAUAUGAUUUAACAGUACCUUUUGCUAGAUACAUAGCAACUCAUGGAUAUAAGAGAUUGAAAAGAUAUCAUGUUGGAAAGGUGUAUAGAAGAGAAAAUCCAUCAAUUUCAUAUGGGAGAUUCCGUGAAUUCUUUUAGUGUGAUUUUGAUUUUGCUGGAGAGUAUUAAUUAUAUUAUAUUAGAAAUGAUCCUAUGGUUGCUGAUGCAGAAUUAAUAAGAAUGGUUGAUUAAAUAUUUACUAAGUUAGAUUUAGGACCAUUUCAUAUUAAAGUUUCUCAUAGAAAGCUACUGGAUGCUAUGAUUAAUAUUGCUGGAAUUCCGAAAACUUAAUUCAAGACAGUUUGCUCAAGUAUUGAUAAAUUAAACAGAUAAUCAUGGAAAGAAGUCAAAUAAGAAUUAAUAGAGCAGAAGGGUGUAACUGAAGAAUAAGCAGAAAAAUUAAGUUAAUUAGUUUAAUUAAAAGGUGAACCUUACUAGAUGAUUUAAUAACUUAAAGAAUAGAAAUUAUUUGAAUAAUAAGGAUAAGAAGCAUUAGAUGAAAUGGAACUAUUAUUUAACUUAUUGAAAUAAAUGAAUGGAUUAAAAAAUGUGAUCUUUGAUCUUUCUUUAGCAAGAGGAGCUGAUUAUUAUACUGGAUUAAUUUAAGAGACCGAAUUAUUAGGACGAUAAGUAGGUCCAAUAUCUGGAGGGUAUAUCUAUUUAUUUUAAUAUUUAGAGGUCGUUAUGAUAAUUUAGUUGGUACGUUUUAAAAAAAUAGCAUACCUUGUGUUGGUGCAGCCAUUGGAAUUGACAGAAUCUUUCCAAUAAUAGAAGAAAAAUUUAAGAAUAGUGGUAAGGUUUUUCGUGAAAACCAAUCAGAUUUCAUUGUUGCUACUAUCCCAUCUCAUAACAUUGAUAUGACUGCUGAAAAAUUUAAAAUCUAUGAUUUAUUAUGGUCAAAUGGGAUUAAGGCAGAUGUUUGCUAUAGAUUGCAUUGGAACUUGGGUAAACAAUUAAGUUAUGCAAAUGAAUAAUAAAUCCCAUAUGCAAUUAUUAUUGGAGAGGAUGAAGUUAAAUAAGAAAUUGUUUAGUUAAAGGAUUUGAUAUCAAAAAAAGAAGAGAUUGUUAAUUUGAAAGAUCUCAUUAAGGUCAUAAAAUAAAAAGUAGAAAAUUGA